AUGGCAGACAUAAGUACUGUCGUCAGCUACGACUGGGGCACUUCCUCCGAUCUCAAGGCGCUCUACACACAGACGUACACCAUCUUCACCUCGUUGCAGCGCAUCCAUCAAGAGGCUCUGCUCACAGAUCGCGCAGGCCAUGGAGUUGCAGGCUCAUCUGUGCUUCCCUCUGCAGAGACCAUUCAGUACUACAACCGAAUUAGCGAGCACUAUGCGCGCGCCAUCCAGGACUACCUCGAAAGGAUACAGCUCGACGACGACGUAGACUCAGAGCAAUUCCAAACAUGGCGGGAUACGCAGACCGUACUUCGCCUUGCGGAGGUUCUCUACUACCCCAAAGAUGGACGUGGCAUCAGCGUCGUAGGUGAAGAGCUUCUGCAUUGGCUUAACUCAUUCGAUGUCGCCCCUACUACUGAGGAGGGCCAAGAAAUCGCAGAAUCUGCUGUGCCCCACGAGCACCCCUCUUACUGGGACUAUGUGCUCCGUUGCGUCCUUCGCGGCUUCCACACUUCGGCAGCUUCGGUGCUCAAAUCGCUCGACUCGCAUCCUUCUUCCGCCAUCCGAAGGGUAGCUCACAAAGCUGCUAAGUUGCUCUCGACGCUCCCUCGCUCCACGCGUUUCUCAAUGGAGCACGAAUUUGUCGCAGCGCACCGCAGCUGGCUUGCCAGUGUACGCAAGCUCAUCAGUGGCCUGGAGCACGAAAUGGACGAGAUGGAGGCGGAGGCAGGUAACACAGAAGAAGUCGAAGAUGAAAGACUCGAAUACGAGGCACAAUUCAGGUGUCUCCUCGAACUCAUGGCGGGUGUCAAGGACCGCAUCUUUGAAGCGUGCGAAGAUUGGCGCGAGGCGCUCGGUGCUUGGGGCACCUUGGUGCAUCCGACACUCAAACGCGACGAUGUGCCGACCACCGCAGCCAUCAUCUUGGAACAAUUUCCCGUCGAUGGUACCAUCCCAGCCGAGAUUGCCCAACAGCACCUCAUCAAGGGCGAAGUGCGACAAGCGGUGCAGAAGGCGCAGGAGAUCGAUAUCUGGCUCGGUGCUCAUCUGGGCGAUCUUGCAGACAAAGUAGGACUGCUGGAAGACGAGGAGCAGGCGGCAGGACCGAGCGACUUGCGUCAAGAUCUGCUUCUUAAGUACGCACAGAGCUUGUUGGACGAGCAAGGUCUGUGGAGGAUCAGCAUCGACUACCUGGGUGCAUGUGGAGCAGCGGGAAGAAAAAAGAUGUCGCAUGUUAUCUUGUCAGUGCCAUUGGAAGGGCCGGGUCCCACAGAUGAUUUGGAUGAUGCGGACGAGGCGAUGGACGAGGAUGCUGAUGUCGGUGGCACCAUCAACAAGAACAGCGAGGUCAAGGGUCUGGCACGAGCAGAGCAAGUGCUGAGGGCAUGCUCGGAUCACGGCCUCGAGUUGGAAGCGCGCGUGGUGUGCCAAAGAAUGUCGCGCCUGUUGCUGGAACAAGGUCGAUACGGUUUGGCUAUUGCUUACUGUGUUCGAGCAUCGGACACGGUGCUCAUCCGCACCAUUGGCGACCGCAUUUUGGGAGAAUACGUCAGCCGAGGAGCCGAAGCGUUCAAUCAGAUUGUUGAAUCUUUCCCCUCGUCGCUCAUUUCGCCCUCCGAUGCCCUCGAUCUCAACGGCGACGAGCUCAGCGACGAGCAGACUCUGGCUCUCGACAAGCACGCUCGAGGAUUCUUCUCAAAGCGGCUUGCUUUCCUAGCACGCUUCCGCGACUUCCACCGACUGUAUGCCGACGGACAGUGGGCUGCUGCUGCAGGGUUGCUCGUUGAGCUCGUCACCACCGAGGCAGCGCCGGAGCGGUUCCUCGCUGUUUUACUCGUCGAUGCAAUCCCGUUGCUGGAAGACGGUCACGCCACGUGGUUCGACCGCUCGCAGACGUUUGAGCUGAUCCGCAUCGUCGAACGCAUCACUAACGCUGUUUCGAUGCAUCCAGACAUGUCCGAUCACUUCCUGGGAUAUCUCAACCAGCUUCUCGGCAUCGAAUCGUCGUCUCCUCAGCAACAGCAGCAACAGCAACAGCAACAGAACAAGGAGAAGCCGCAGACAAACACCGCCAACAACAACAAGAGCAAGCAGGACCACUCCUCGAUCUUGGCUUCGGACAAGCUGGAUGCAGUGAGGCUGUCGCUUGCACGCAACUUGGCGCGUGUUGGUGUGAUGCAGGUGGGCAUUGCUUAA